CUGUUAAGACUGGAAAAGACAAGAGCUGAAGCAAGAAGCAUGCAUAGCAAGGGCAGCUAUCUAUUUAACGUGAUUUAAAACAUGAAAUAGCUGCUACCAUUUUUUCUUGAAAUUUUCAGUGUCAUGAAAACAGAUUGACAUCUAUCGAUCUUAUUCCAGAUAUGUAAGUUAGCAGCAUGGUAAGAAGCCAAACAAUGAAACAAUAUAUUUUUUAGCUGACUUAACCUAGAGUUUUUAUGCAUGUUAAAAAAAAUAACCAAGCACAAUUUUACUUUUGUUGUUAUAUGCUUUCACCAUUUGUACUUUAUGACAUCAAGCAAAAUCUCCUUACCUUCACUUUUGGGCUUUAUUUCUCUGCAUGCUGGUCACAAUAUUGUUCCAUCUGAAAAACACCAAAGGCUGUAUGAAUUUCAGGUGUGGCAGGUAAGUGAACCCACCCCAUAAAAGCAUAAAAAAUAUACACUGCUGAACUGAAAGGUGAUUAAUUUUAAAGUUUUCAGAAUAACCAAAUUGUUGCUCUCUGUAUGAUUACUUCCCAUUCUUUACAAAGUGAGAAUACAAGGCAGAUGGUGUUGAAAAGUCCUAGUGAAGUCCUAGAAAGAUGAUAAUGAUGAAAUUAGCAGUAUUUUACUCAAAUCUAAAACCUAUCCCAUCGCCUGUUUAGGACAUCUCAUAUCAAUAGACUAGCUACCUAGAAAGUAAUUGGGUGUUGAAUAAAAAGUGGUAAAAGAAACAGUAAAGAAUAAGAAAAGAUUCUGCUUCAUCAAUAGCGUGAACUUUUUGUAGCUCGUGACCUCUUGUUCUAGUCUACCAUACACAUUUUUUUAAAUCAAGAAACAAAUUAAUCUUAGCCAAAAAAAGUAAGUCUGACUCAAUGGUCCCUGUUAGAUCCAUGCUAAGAAAAAUAACUCAUCUUGUCCAGAAAUAAUCACAUCCCUUUCUGGACAGCAAAAUACUACUUCACUUCCAUAACGGCAAAGUAAAAGAACAGAAUAGCAAAGAAAAGAGAGAGAACUUGCCUUUUUGGAAAUGUGUUUUUGCAUCUAACAAUGUUAAAAUGCUUCUUAAUUUGUAGAUGUGCAGAAAAUUAUGAAAUGAAGAUCAUAACUUCUGUAUGAAUAAUUGAUAGUGAACCGUACUAGCUUGUUGGUGCUGCAAAAACAUCCUUCAUGUUAAAAAUUCUAAGUACUACCUUGAAAUUCUGCAGCACCUUGAGCCAACCUAUGUUGGGACUGCAGUAGUUAGUCUUGCUUUUUCUUUAAUAGCAGCACUGGAAUUCAUACAGCUAGGUAAGACAUGUAGAGCAUCUGAUUGACACAGCUACAAACUAACCCAUUGGGGGGGAAAAUAUAUAUAUAAAAAGUAUAACUGAAUUUUUUCCUUUUAUGUUGCAGUGUAUCCAGGAUUUUGACAGUUAAAUAAGAUGUAACACUACUGAUGUGAUUUUUAUUCUUCCUAUGAGUAAUGUACUCUUUUAUUAAAAAAAAUAUGUAUUUAGAAUUCAGAAAACUACUGGAUAAUAAUUUGACAAAGCUAUCACAGAUCUUCACUUGGAGGCAUUUGCAGUAGUCACCCUGGCUCAGAUGCAGUAAGUUACUAUUGUUGCAGGGAGGUAUGUUGCUCAACUUGGUGGACUGUAUGUACUGAAGGUCAGUGUUGAAUGAUGGAGUUAAAACUAUUACGUUUAUUCAGGAAACUAUUUCUUAGUAAUGUUUUUAUUGCUUAAGAGACCUGGGAAAGCCUGUCACUUAGCUAAUCAAGAAGGGAAGAAAUACGAAAAACUACAUUCAGAUUUAAACUGUGCUUAUUCCUGAUGCAUUACAGAAUUAAAUUGGGUGUAAAACACAGUUGUUUUCAGUGAACUGAUUUCAACUGACAAGCUGUAAGGACCAAAUCACCACUUCAUGUUCUUAGCACAAUUGCCCUUCAAACAAAGAUAAUUGUAUUUUCUGUGUUGGCAGAAACAGCUAAGGUGGAAAACACCUCCCUGAGGGCUGAGUUUGUUUAGCUCCGAAAGGCACAUUGGAGAGCAUUAAGCUCAGUCUUAUAUAAACAACUAGUGUGCAGUACUUAUGUCUGAGCCUUUGUAAGGGCAUUUCUGGGAAUGACCAUCAAGAGACUAAAGCAAAUCCUGAGUGUUUUAUGUAUAAAUUCUUACAGACCAACCAUUUUUAUUCCUGUAAUAUUUAUUCUGACUGACUUUAAAAAUCAAAGGUGAAAGGUUUAGUAGACAUCUAAAUAAUUACUUAUGGUACUACCUCUUUAACCUUACAACCUUUAUCGUAUUUAAAAAUUGAAAGUGGAAAGAACUGUAAAAGCCAUUUAUGGUAUGGCUAGUAAAAUUAUCAGUCUUACAAUAAAGCUGUAGUACUACAAAUUCUAUUGGAGCCUCAUAAUUCUGAAUUUAAACGAGGGCUUUGGUUAAAUUCUUAUGCAACAUUUUCAAUAGUAUUAUUUGUCCUUAGUUAAAGCUUUGGAUUUUUUAAUAGAAAAAUCUGUCUGUUAGUUUUUUCUCUAUUAAGAGUGUAAAAUAAUAGUAUUUUAACAUACACAAUUGUCAAGACAUACCUAAGCUCUUUAAACCCUUCAGGAAAUAAAAACAGUGUUUUCUUUAUGGAGCUGCGUAUCCUUGCAUUGAGUGCUUUGUGGAACCCAGGUAAUAGCCAGAAUUUUUUGUGUAUCAUUAAUGUGAGCGAGUUCAUCAUUCAUGUCCUUUUUAGAAGUACUGAAAGCAGAGUGGCCGAUGGAGGCUAGAAGGGAAGUCAAUAACUCUCAAAAUACCAACAUUCUAUUUUUUUUAUUAAAGUAUUGUUUUAUUAUUAAGAUUUGCUACCUGUGUUAAAAGUAAACUCUUAAUUAGAUUAGGACAAGCUUCUGCAAGGAGUCACUAACAAAAUAUUUUCUCCGAAGUGGGAACUAACUCAUGUUCUGCACAGAGAUAAACUGGCAUCAGGAAGCUAGUCUUUCAAAAGACUGCAGUAACUAUUUGAAACAAACUACAGUGAAACAACUUAGUGCAGCCACCUUGCAACUUACUACUGCACUGGAGCCAAAGUGCCUUUCUUUCCCCAAAAACAUCUGCUGAACUACUCCUUUUGCAAGAGGAAAAACUUCAAAACUACAUUAACUUCUACUAUGAUUUAUAUGGCUGGGUGCUUUUUUAAAAAAAGAAUUGGCGAUAAAUUAAUGUGUUAGUAACUUCAACAGUGUUAUGUUUUGAACAACGUUGAGCUCUUGCUGAAAAAGGAAUUUCAAUGGACAGAUAAAUAAGGAGGAAAAAUACCAUCUGUCUAGAAAAAAUGAGACUAGUUUAUGCCGUAGCUGGUCUGUAAGCCUUCUGCCAUGCUUAUAAAAAAUCAUUAUAUUUGUAUGCAUGUUUGGUAGGAUGAGGGUGAUAAUGUAACUUAUACAUUCAAGUUAGCCCUUCAGUUUAGCAUUACUGGGAAGAACAACAGCUAAUAAUAAAGCAAAUAUCUGAAUACUAACAAACCAAAACCUUGGCAGGAGGAAUGCAGGUAAGACAAUGGAAACUUGUUCACAAACUCAUUUUUGUAGGAGUUAAUUACAUUGUGGGCCCUAAGGGGAGGUAAGUUUGGUGUGCACAUAGUAAGAAUGCCAGAAUGCUAGAACUAUGACUUAAAAUAGCUCUUUUUUUUCCCAAGAAUCAGAGUUAAGAUUAUUAAAACUGAAUUCUGUUUAAAAUUCCCUCAGUAUUUGUUAUUUUAUUGUAAUUAGAUCUGCCUUCUCACCCUGUCAGUCUUCAAAUUAAGCAAAACUGUCAUGAUUAUUUGUUUCUUUUAGGACUGUAUAUGAUUAUUAGAAUUCCUACUGCCAUCAGGUUAAGUAUGUAAUCUUAAAAUUAAUUUGACUUCCUAGGAGUUAUUCUGAUUCUAAUGGAAUAAACCCCCCUAAACUAAGCAGGUAUAUGAACCUCACUCAAACUUCGCUAACUGGUACAUUAUCUUCUCUCUCUUGUGCUUUUGAGAGGAACAAAAUUUAGAAGGUUAUUUAACACUGUAACACAAGGCUGCGGUAGAACCAUAGCUGUUAUAUAAAGCAAGGUUUAAACUUUAAAAUACAAAAGAUAUUUGAAAAUAAUCAGGAAGAGUAGCAGCAUAGGCUUUUUGGUACUAUAAUUCUCAAGAUAGAAAUGGUACCAGUUAUCAAAGUGAAAGGUAUUUUAUUGUUGAAGUACUUAAAAUGAUUUUAGCUUUUUUUCUUUUAAGAGGAUUUCAGCUUGUGAUUUCCUAAGGACAUCACUAACACAGGCAGUCAUUGAUGAAGUGGCUUUACCUAGUCUUGAUUCUCAAUGUUCAGCAGGAGCAAUGUAAGUGAGCCAAACGCUAUGAAACGAAUUGAGUCUGUAGUCUUGUUAUAGUAAACUGAUAGCACUAAUUGUCAUUGGAAGAACAGUCUUCUUCCACGGCACCAUUCUUGGCACACUGUACUUCCACAAGUACGUGGAAGCUGCAUACGCUUUUCAGCCUGUCAGACUUUCCAUUGGCUUGGUAUUUCUUGUUAUUAGAACAGUGUGACUUACCCAUCAUUAAACAAGCUGUCACAUAAGGGCCUCAUGACAGUAUGUGCACAAGAGCCUACAGCCAAAUAUAGUUCUUGUACUUGAGGACUUGGGAGUGUUAAAAGAUAUGUACGAGGUCAUUAACUGACACAAGAGUGAACUGAAAUAUCCAUCUUGCCUUUUACAUAAACUGUUUCACUUGCUAGAUGUUGCAUUCACUAGUUUCCUGCUUGUUAACCUGCAGUUGUAUUCUAACUACACAUUCUGAGCGAACCUCCUCAAGCAGGUAGUUAGUCUAUAUGACUUUGCCAAUGCACAUUACAACUGCCUUGCAAAUCACUGAUGCCUAAUAGCUGCCUCCUUGUCCAAGUGUGGUGGUCUCCAACAUGUACGUUUGUCUCAAGACCACCUGUGUGACGCACCUCCCUUCCAAGGAACUUGAGCAAACUCAGGCAAAGGCCUCACAAGGUGAUGCUGCCUCAGCUGGAAACAGCUACACGGGUCCAGCUGCGUCUGCCUCCCGCUCACCUGCACAACGAAGUGGAGACGACCAGCACUUCCAAGGGAUGCCGCGACUCCAGGACGCUGACAAUCACUACAGAUCCCUCUCCAGCAGCCGCGCCUGCCGAGUGGAACGUCCAGGCUUAAGAAGCGGCAGUGCGCCGGCCUCAGGGCCUGGAGGAAGGGGCGUGUGAGCGACGUCUAGACACCACUGGCGAGGAGAGGCCAGCUGCGGAACCGGGCCCCAGUGAGCGAGCUGUCAGCUCCCCCUAGGGCAGUUUAAGGUAAGAGGAGGAGAGGGCCCGUGCCCGUCCCGCCCUCCCUCACCUCACCGCGGCGGGCGACGGCCCUCCCGCCUUCCCUCACCUCGGCGGGCGGCCGCCGGGGCGUGGCAAGAGCCCCCCCGAGGGGGGCGUGGCCCCGCUCGCAGGUGCGGGAGGAGGGGCGUGGCCUGGCCGUCCCCCUCAGGUGCGGCGCCGCGCCCCGCCUUCCCCUCAGGUGCGGGCGGCCCGAGGCGGCGGUUGCGCCGCUGCUGCCGCCGCUCCCCCGCGAUGGCGGCCCCCGGCGGGCUGGGCCGCUGCGUGGCCGCCUUCUGGCUGGCGCUGGCCUUCGACGCGCUGGGGCUGGCGGUGCUGCUGGCCGGCGUGUUCGCCGACGUGUUCUUCUCCGACCUGCUCAUCUACGCGGGCGGCAUCGGCAUCUUCCUCAGCCUCAUCUGGUGGGUGUUCUGGUACGCGGGCAACCUCGAGGUGCCGCCGGAGGAGCUGCGCGACGACGUGGGGCUGGCGCUGCCCAAGGGCGGCGGGGACACCCUGCUGCGGCGGCUGGUGCACGGCCUCAGCCUCCGCCUCUCCUCCGCCUUCGCCGCCUCCCCGCGCUCCCGCGCUGCUGCCGCCGCCGCCACCGACCUGGAGCUGCAGCGCGCCGGGGGCCUGCGGGGCCGCCCCGCCGACUCCAGCAGGGUCUGUUGAAGACACGACUAUCAAAGUUCCUGCCUCUAGAAGUGGGGGAAGUGCUGUGAAACGUGGAAAGAGAAUUGCCUACUCAAUGCAAUAGGAUUCUGUCAUUAUGGAAUAAUGUCUGAAAACAUUAUGGACUCUGUAUAAAAUGGACGCAUAGAGCUGUAUCUCUGCCAAACACACCUAUUUCAAUGUUGGACUGGAUAUACCUUGAACUUGUGAAAAACACCCACAGAAAACCUAAAUUAGAUCUCUUAAGAAGUGAGAACCUGAUUCACAGAAAAAUCACUGCAGCAUGUAAUAUAGAACUUUUUUAUUUUUAAUAACCUGGGAAUGUUUGGAUAAAAAGCUCUUGCACAAUGAAAAGCUCUUGCACUGUUUUACCAAGGUCUGGAAGUUAAACUUACUGUGAAUUUUUAUGAUGCCAGUGCAAUACUUUUGUUUGUAAGGGUGCUUUUAAAAUAUCUAUGUUAAACUAUUGAUGCAAAGUUGCAAAUGUAGUAGAAGUUGUUUAUAGUGUAAAUACACAAUUUACAUUGA